CCCUGCCUGAGGCGAGCCCGCCGCACCGCCGCCCGGCCCCGCCGCCAGCGAACCGCGGCCCGAGCCCUCCGAGUCUUCUCCCCUUCUCUCCCCUUCUCUCCCCUUCUCCCCUCAGCGCUGGGGUUUCGUCCCCGGGCGCUUGAGCCUGCUGCAAUGGUCCCGCCCGGCAGCUCCGGGCUCGGAGGCCUGCUCCGGGUGUCCGCUCGGGGCUGCGGGGUGAGCUCUCCUCCCAUCCGGCCUCAGCCGUUGCCUUUGCUCCCCCGUGACCUCCCCGUGCCUCCUGUCCGCCGCUUCUUUAGGUUUAAAAAGUAUUUCGGCCUACCCAGAUAACGUGAGUGCCUGCCCGCUGCAGAGAGAGCCGGGUGGGCCUGUGCCCCCCCGGUCAGUGGGGGCCGUGGUCGGGAGGCGGGCGCUGUCGGGGGCGGGUUUGGGUUUUGUAUUUUGUUAAAUCGGUCAGAAGAGGCGUCACCGAAGAGCUGGAGCGUCCGAUCGGGUGAAGGAGGAGCUGUUGUGCGAGAAGCUGCAGCUGGCACUAAUUACAAGCUCCGUGAAGGAGGCAAGGUUUAAAACUACAUGGAAUUUGAACCACCCUGUUUCCUGCCCUCCAAGACUGGGGGCACGAGUACUCUGUUGAAGUCACAACCACAUCUACCAUGCAGAAAUUAGUCAUACAGUAGUGAAGAAAGAGUAUGUAAGAAUCUAUUCUCUUCCACCAGCUGUAGUAGGAGAGUUCUGGGCUAUGUGAUUAUCUGCCUCUUACCAGACUAGGAUCGGACUACAUGGAACUCUGGUAAUUAGACUGUUACUCACACUUGUCAUCAUGUUGGCAGAAGGCAUCUUAACUAGACUCGUAUAUAAAGAAAGCUGUCAUCAAGAUAAGCCUCGCAAAUCUCCUGCGUCCAAAAAGGAUAAAGAGGGAAUCUGGAGACAGAAACUUGUAGACAACCCAAAAAUCAAAGGCUUUGCUGAUGGAUACGAGAAGCAGGAUGAGAUCUCUGCUAGAAGUAGCAAAAUGGAACAUGGGAGCGGUCCUCAAUGGAGAUCCAUAAAAGAGGUACCUGCAAAAGAUCAGAAAACACUUGUUAAAGGAACCGUAUCACCAGCUUUACAUAUCCCCAAAAGAGAACAAAAUACUGAACAGAUGGACUUGUAUAGAUCCUGGUCAUGCAACAGCAUUUAUCAAAACUACCCUGACUUGCAUAUCGGGGGAGACCGUGUGGGGGACCAUAUGUGUGAUUCAGGUUGUGUUUUGGACCAUGUGUGUGAUGAACUUCCCGAUGGCCCUGUUUUACUGUCCAUAGAUAUUCCUCUAGGUCAGUUCCCUCUAUGUGAGCAUCCUGAAAAGCCAAGUAUAAAGUCCCUGUCUGGAGAUGAAGCUGGAGAAAGGAGUAGUAUCAUGCUCUGUGCGGAGCCGCUUUCAAACUCUGUGCUCAACAAGUACAUGGAAACAAAAGUGGCAGAGUUUUAUAAACAGUUUUUUGAAGAAAAUUUGACCAGGUGUGGUUCUGUAACAAACCUCCUCACUUGCAGUUUGAUAAGGAAUAACCUGAAUCAGAUAAGCUUUCAGGUAUCACAGGAGCAGAAUAUAGAAACAUCAAAAGCCAGAGAAGUGCUCUUGCAGUCUUUAGCUUUGUUUAGUUUGCACAACACUACCAAUAGAAAUAGCUCUGAAUUUAGUACUCCAAACUUACAGAUCUCAAACCCAGCAUGCAUGAAAAAGAGCUGCAGGAUGCAGUUUACAUCAUGACUGAUCUAUUUAGCUGAAGAGAUGAAUAUGAUUCGGAUACAAAUAUUUCACUCUAAGGAUUAGGUAGGGAAAUGAAAACAUUUACACACUACAGACUUUUUCAAAUAAAUAUUUUAAAGCUUAAACCAUACUUUGUCUUUGUUAGUGGAGGAAGUAAAGGUUAUUGUUUUCUUUUUUUCUAAUACAGAAUUUGAAAUUAAUUUCUCUGUGAAAUACUAGUCAACCGUAUUUUUGCAAUGUAUAUGUCCUUCUAAGACUUUGGCUGUAUGAGUAAUUGUAGUCACGUACCAUUGGAUUUACUCCUGCAAGAAAAAUCAGUCAAGAUGUGUGCUGGUAAAACUUUGCUCUAAGAGACUGAUCCAGCCAGCCAGUAAGUAAAAGAGUCAAAUUGUCUUUGAUGGACUUUGGGCUAUAUAGUUGAAACCUGAGUUUUGGAAAUUCACAUUCAAAUUUUGCUCCUGCAAAGCUUGAUCACAGUGGCUGAAAGAAUAUUUCUUUGGUUUGGAAAUCUUGUCAGCAGAUGGAGGUGUUCAGGACUCUGGAUUGUUUUAUAAAUUAUCAUACAUAGGAAAUACAUUGACAUGGUACAUGAAUGAAGAUGCUAAUAUUAUUGCCUGUGUAUGUUUGUACUGCAUAGGUGGAAUAUGUGACAAUGAAAAUUAGGUGAAAUAGUUGAUGAAGGUUGUAAAAGUAUUUAGUUUUCUGUAAAAAAUAAUAAAUCCUUACCUUUUUGAUGAAAUCCA